AUGGUGCGGGAGAGACCCUUUGGUAACUUUGUUGCGGAAUCGCCGGCCACUCCCGUGACGGUAAAAUGGGCCAAUGCACCAAUCAAUCAAUCAAGACGCCUAGGCGCAUUAGCGCAUCCUUCAGGCCCGCUAGUCUACACCCUGCAGCGUUGCAGUAUUCUACUUGGCCAAAUCCACCGGGAGAAGCCAACGGCCUUAGCGACGCCGUCAUCAUCGAAUGAGCCGGAGGUGCUGUCCAAGUUUCGACGAAUUUCCCACCUGGGCGACACGGACCGAGAGAUGAAGCCAUCGCGGGAUUUGCUCUGA